CCCGCAGGGGUCUCCGCGGGUAGCCGGCCCGGCCCCCUCCUUUGAUGUUCCGCUCCGAAGCUGCUGGGGGGGGGGGGGGGCGGCGCGGCCUCUCCUUCCGCCCUUUGGACUGCGCACGACGGUGACACCUGAGACCCCGCUCCACCCCCUUCCCGGGGCACCCAGUCUCCCUCCAACCUGGGUGGCAGCGUGGCGCGCCGGGGCUCCGCGCCUCGGUCCCCGCCUCCCCUCCCCGCCGCCGGCUGCGAUCCCCUGGGGGUCCGGGGAGCCCGGAGACGGAGAAACCGCCUUAAUAAAGAGCUCGUGUCAAGUGAUUGGCUGUGACCUCUGCCCUCCCCAGACUCGCGCCCGCGGCUCCUGCUUAACCCUUCGAUGCCCGCCCAACCCCUCAAGAGGUCUCUGAGCUCGGGGCGGCCGCCCCGGACCCAAUUGGGCCCCAGUGGAGCCGAGCCCCGCCGCCUCGUCUUCCGCAGCUCCGGCUCGGAGCGGGAUUCGCCCGCUGGUAGUGCCACCGGGUGCCGGGCGCCAAGGGGCCGAGCGCACCGAGUCAGGGGCGGGCCCGGCGCAGGGUAUAAAAGCUGCCCGCGCGGGAGCCCAAGCCAGCUCCGGGGUUGUCCUGGGACGUGUCCUGGCUCCCGAGUCUCACGACCAGGCGAGGUCGGCGACAUCUCUCUUGACGAAAAGACUCGGCGUCCAGUGCUCCGACCAAAGCAUCAUGCCCAACUUCUCCGGCAGCUGGAAGAUCAUCCGAUCGGAAAACUUCGAGGAUUUGCUCAAAGUGCUGGGGGUGAACGUGAUGCUGAGGAAGAUCGCCGUGGCGGCGGCAUCCAAGCCGGCGGUGGAGAUCAAGCAGGAGGGAGACACUUUCUACAUCAAAACCUCCACCACGGUGCGCACCACGGAGAUCAACUUCAAGAUCGGAGAGGAGUUCGAGGAGCAGACGGUGGACGGGAGACCCUGCAAGACCAUGACGGCGGAUGAUAUCGUGUGCACCAGGGUCUAUGUCCGAGAGUGAGCGGCCGACGGUCCAAGGGCUUCCAGAGCCGCCCCCCAGCCCCUGCUCCCGGCCCCACUGCCCUUCCCCCUUCCUUCUAGGCUAGCUCUCCCCUCACCCCGCUCACUCCCGGGGAUGCUGGGAUGCCUCCAGCGGGGCUCUGCUGUUUGGGGCCUCCCCUUCCUCCGCUCCCCCAACAAAGAGGGGUGGAUGGUAAGAACCCUGAUCACCCGGUCCAGAGUCACUCCCCUUCCCCGGCCAGCAGUCCCAGCCCCAAACCAGCCCAGAGCACAGCCCCUCUCUCUGUGAGGGGACCUGAGGGCCCCAGUGGGAAAGACGGCCCUCUGGUUUCCACUCUUUGUCCCGGUAGCCUACACAGUGUAGAAUAUUUAUUGGUUAAUUUUAUUAAAAUGUUUUGAAAA